UUUCAUUAUACGCGUUUUGGAAUCCUAUUAUUGAAACAUAAAUUACAUACCCUCUUGUUCUUUUCCUCUUCAUUCAUUUUCUAAGUCUUCAAAAAAUAUUCCAUUUUUUUUUGUUAAUUAUUACAAUUUACAAUCAUCAUGGGACAUGGAACAAGAAAACUCUCAGAUGAAUAUGAUGUUUCAGAAAUUCUAGGAAGAGGUGGAUUUUCUGUUGUUAGAAAAGGUACAAAAAAAUCAAGCAAUGAUGAAAAAUCAGCACAAGUAGCAAUAAAAACACUAAGAAGAUUAGGCACAUCAAAUAGUCCUAGUGGAAUACCAAGAAAAAAAUUAUCAGGUGGAGAGAAGAGCACAGUAACUAUGAGACAAGUUUCAGUCUCAGAUACUUUGUUAACAAAUGAGAUUCUUGUAAUGAGAAGAAUAGUUGAAAAUGUUUCACCACAUCCAAAUGUGAUUGAUCUUUAUGAUGUUUAUGAGGAUUCAAAUGGUGUUCAUCUUAUUCUUGAGCUUUGUAGUGGUGGUGAACUUUUUGAUAGGAUUGUUGCACAAGAUAAGUAUAGUGAGACUGAAGCUGCAACUGUUGUUCAUCAGAUUGUAGCUGGAUUAGAGGCUAUUCAUAGAGCUAACAUUGUUCAUAGAGAUUUGAAGCCUGAAAAUUGUCUUUUUUUGGAUGUUAGGAAAGAUUCACCUCUUAAGAUUAUGGAUUUUGGGUUGAGUUCUGUUGAGGAAUUUACUGACCCUGUUGUUGGUUUGUUUGGAUCUAUUGAUUAUGUUUCACCUGAGGCUCUUUCUCAAGGGAAAAUCACUACUAAGAGUGAUAUGUGGUCUCUUGGAGUCAUUCUUUAUAUCUUACUUUCUGGGUAUCCACCUUUCGUUGCUCAAAAUAAUCGCCAAAAGCAACAAAUGAUAAUUAAUGGGAAUUUUAGUUUUUAUGAGAAAACUUGGAAGGGAAUUUCCCAAUCAGCAAAGAAUUUGAUUUCAAGUCUUCUUACUGUUGAUCCUAGUAAGAGACCUAGUGCUCUAGAGCUUCUAAGUGAUCCAUGGGUCAAAGGUGAGAAAGCAAAAGAUGAUCAAAUGGACCCUGAGAUUGUGUCAAGGCUACAAAGCUUUAAUGCAAGACGCAAACUUCGUGCAGCUGCAAUUGCUAGUGUUUGGAGUUCCUCAAUCUUCCUAAGAACCAAAAAAUUGAGAUCCUUGAUUGGAUCCUACGAUCUCAAAGAAGACGAAAUUGAAAAUCUCAGGAUACAUUUCAAGAACAUAUGUGCAAAUAGAGACAAUGCUACUCUAUGUGAGUUUGAGGAGGUGUUAAAAGCAAUGAAUAUGCCAUCAUUGAUUCCUUUUGCACCUCGUAUAUUUGACUUAUUUGACAACAACCGUGAUGGAACAGUUGACAUGAGAGAGUUACUUUGUGGAUUUUCCAGUCUCAAGAAUUCCAAAGGAGAGGAUGCUCUCCGUUUGUGCUUUCAGAUGUAUGACACAGAUAGAUCUGGGUGCAUCUCCAAAGAAGAAGUAGCAUCUAUGCUCAGAGCUUUGCCAUAUGAUUGUCUUCCAACUGAUAUCACUGAACCUGGAAAAUUGGAUGAGAUAUUUGACUUAAUGGAUGCCAAUAGUGAUGGAAAAGUUACCUUUGAUGAAUUCAAAACUGCUAUGCAAAGAGAUAGCUCCCUCCAAGAUGUAGUUCUCUCUUCUCUUCGACCAUAAUAUACUUUUCUAUUGUGUUGUGGUCUUAAUUAGAAUAUUAAGUACUUUUAUGUUUUUCUGAUAAACUUUUUUUAUGAAGCUAGUUUUCAUUUUACAAGGAAAAAUUAUAUAGGAAAAAAAAAGUAAGAAAGUGCUAAACAAGGUGAAAUUGUGCCAUUUAAUAUUUUAUUUUUCUAUGGCAAUUAGGGACUUUUGCAUUCUCAUGUCAUACUAAAGCUAGUUUAGCUUGGAAUUUCAAUUGAGAAACAUUAAGUUAAA